AUGCAGCCGCUUGCGUCUUCCACCGCACCCACAGAAGAAAUUCAAUGCAAACAGCACGCGGCUGCAAGCGCCAUCGCCAGAGUGACUGUGAGUAAGGCCAUCGAUGAGGCGGUCGCCUGGAUACUAUCCGACCCGUCGGAGUGCUUUCUCUACAAGUUCCCCCGCGAAUGCGAGCAACGACCCAACACCAACAAUCGCCUGCAGCUUGCGCAAAUCGCCGCUUUGGAGACCUACGGCGCCUCAACUUCGGCGAAAGAGCGGCGGAGCAGCGUGCGUGCAGUCACCAAAUCGAAUGUGCGUAGACGCAUAGACUGGCUGCGCAUCGACGAGGUCUCGUUGCAUCGGGUCGUGCAGUUGGUCUACGAUUACCUCAGCUUAUGGCGCCUUACACCGAACACCCAGUACUUGGUGCGAUUGGAGAAAAAUGCGCUGUGCGAGGAGUCACAGGGACGCAGCUAUUGCCUGAGUGCGCUCUUCACGCGACAGCCACAAUGCGAUUUGGAGCACUGCCGUCCACUGGCGAUGGCGCAAGUCAACUUCAAGGUGCACGUCUCGCAUUUGCUGCCGAAAUUUUAUCCGGUCAUGAUGACGUAUCGCUUUGAGAAUUGCAACACAGUCUACUAUGCGCUGGGCCAUCGAAGGAUGCGGCGCUUGGACUUUCAGCGGUUCUUCAUCGAUAUGGCGCUCGAGACGAAAUUCGGCUUCUAUGCACAGCUUUUGAGGACGCUAGCGCUUAGCCCCUCAAGGAGGUUUAUUGUUAAACAGCGAGGAAGCAAAAGUGAAGAGGAGAAGAAGGAAGGCGCGGAGGCGAGAACAAAGCGACUGAAGUCGUCGGCGCCUUUAUGCAUUUGCGCAGCAGAGGAGAGUGUGAGCCAAAUGAAGAAGAAGAGUAGCAGAGAUAAAGAGCAAACGGUGAAUGUGAGUGCGCAAGAGAAUGUGAGAGGAGCUAGUGAGAAUUUGGUGAUGACCGCAAGCUGUAGUCACGUGAUGACAUGUGAUAUGAGGUCGGCAGAAAGCAGGGAAGGCAACAGUGAAAAUUCAGGUUCAUUAAAGAAAUAG